UAUUAAAAUUAACGAUUUAAUUAAUUUAAUGUGAGCCAAGAUGUGAAUAAGAGAUAUGAAAAGUUUGCAAGAGAGGAAAUUCAAAUUAUUCUUCCCUCUCUCCCUUUCCGUUAGCGUUAAUGGUAUUAGGAAAGAAAAAUAAAAUAAUUAUUCAACCAAUAGACUGAGUACAUAUAUGAUGAUGAUGACGACGACGACAAUGGUGAUCAGCAGGAAGAAGCAGCAGCUGAUGAUCGCCACAAUGAUCAUUACUCUCGCUAUUAUGGCACGGCGGUUAAUCAGCGAUGCACGGAUCAUCAACAUCACCAACGCGCUGAACAGCAAGAAGAUACUGAUAGUCCAUUAUAUUAUGAAGCCCAAGACCACGACGUUGGUGCCGGCGCCAUGAACUCCGGCGAGGUCUACAGUUGGAGUUUCGAGGACGUCCCGCGGGGACCUUACUGGUACUGCCACCUCGCGUCUUUACUUUCUGGCCUACUUUGAGACGUUUGUCACGGGAUACCAAGUCAAUGAAACUGGGGUUUAUGGCCUUGAUGAUGAGCAUAAUCAGUGGAAGCAAAUUGAUUGAAAACCCCCAUGGAUCAAUCAGUAGUAGUCCAAUUCUGUCCGCCCCCACCUUCCCAGACGGCAAGUAUACUGUUUCUUUAAUCGGUUUGCUGAAGGUUAUUUCAUGGCGCGCAGGUAUAUCUUCGUUUGUUAUUCUCUAAUUACAAAAAGAUAGUAUAUCCAGAUACAGAGCUCUAUUACUCUGUUUCCUCAUUACAACGCAUGUCGUCGUUAUUAUCAUGGGUUCUUCUGGUUUUGGCUCCAUGGCCAACUCUAUACAUCCAUGACUUGAUGUUAUUAUUCUUUAAAAGUGGUGAUCCUCUGUUCAAAUCCGGAAUAUGACCGUCGCGUCGGUUUGGUUAUCAUCAUGGAUCCGACCGGUACUCUGUAUUCUCUGCCGCCGGCGAAAUAGUGAUGGCCGUCGGUGACAGAGCUUGACAUCACUGCGAUUCCUGGUUUGAAAUUUUUGAAUUCCGAUAUUUCAGACUUUAAUUGCGUCGGUCAUUACUAUAUGUUGAUUGUUCUAAUUCCUUCUAAUUGGCUUGAAGAUUUAUGUGGUUUAUUUCCAUUUAUGUUUUCAUAUUUCUUAAUGGCGGCAGUGAUUAGACCAUUUCCCACAACAACGUGUGGGCUUUAGGUAAUGUAAUUUAAUUGAGGCCCCAGUUUUAAAUUUCAUUUACUAUUUACCGUUUUUCUAUUUAUUUCUCUCCUUUUUUCAACUGUUUUCCCUUUUCUUAUCCUUUCUUUUUCUCCUUUUGCGUUUUUGUUUCUUCUUUGCUCUCUAUUAUUAUUUUAUAUUAAUUUAUUAUAGUCUUGUUGUGACUCCCGUAACUCUUGCCUUUUUAUUAUUAUUAUAAUUAUUUCUUCAGAUUAGUAUUUCUUUUGUGAUCGUUUUUUUCUUCGGUUUCUAUUAUUUUAGUAACGCUUUUAUCUCAUAGUUUCGGUUUUUAAGGGGUUGUUAAUUUAUUUUGAUUUUUUUAUUAUUAUUUUCAAUUCUUACUUUCCGUAAUUCUACUUCUUUUGGUUUGUUUGACUUCUUAGUAGAGUCAAAAUUUCAAAUAUUUUUUUAUUUAAAUUUCGGCCUUGGAAAUUGAUUGCUACCUAUAUUUGUUUGCUACAACUUUUAUUGUUCUCGUGCUUGGUAAUUCUGAUAGAGUCCUCUUUUAUUUAAGUGCGAUAUAUUUUAUUUUCAUGUAUAUGCUAGUUCAUUUGUCUUGUUUUGCAGGGAUGUUUCCUUUCCUGUCGUAUUUAGACGCAAUCAAGGUGCCUUAUUUCACCCAUACGAGUUUUCACGGGGAAGUAUUCUCCCUCUUCUCUCUAUCUGAGUCAGUUUCGUGUCGUUUUGCUCUUCGGAGCUUUCAUAGAGCUGCCCAACUCGUGGCAUAACAGGCUCUUUCAUCGGGAGUCCAGUUGCAUACGGACUACCUUUUUUAUUAUUAUCUGUCUUAUAUGUUUGUUGUCCGGCCGCGGCCAUGCUCUGGGGGCUUAUCUUGGAUAAAAAAAAUAGAUUGAGCACAUGUGGACGGGUUGUAGGGAGAGCCUCCAUAUCGGGUUGGAGGUAAAUGUCGUCCAAAAACUAUUAGAAGUGCUUUUUAAUAUUAGAGGUAACGUAAAAUGAUUACAAAGGAUUUCUAAUACAAAAUAUGAAUAAAAUCUAAAAAAUUAAAGUAGUCAAAAUGGAUCUUGUUAGAUUUUUUUUAUUCAAUAAUAAUAAAUCUUAACUUAUUUUAUUUUUAAAAUGAUAUAAAUGAUGGAAAAUUAUAUUUUCUGAAAUAAAUAUAAAAUAUGGUAAGGAUAAUCCUGUAUUUUCAAAAUAGUUUUUCGAAGAAGCUCCGGUUCGGAGCUUCUGCUUUUAUGUUAUACAAAAGCACUUUUCAGUUUUUUAAAAGUCGAGCUUUUAGAGGUGUUUGACCAUGUUGAAACUUUUAAAGCGUAAAAACACUUCUAAAAGCCGAGCCAAACAUAUGUAAUAGCUGCGGAAAGUCUCUGAGGAAUUCUUGUGCACACAGUUCAUCCGAACUCGUUAGAAUGACGUGUUCAUGAUAGUAUCCGUUGAUCGUAUUAGUUUGAUUCAACCAUGCAAAAUCACAUCAAUAAUCCCAUUACAAACCUCAAUUACACAUUGAUCAUACCUCUUCAAUCCAUAUGAUGAUUGGAUUUCACUAUUGUCAACACCAAAUAAAUGUCAUAUCAAACCGUCGUGUUCAACCAAACCAAGUCAAUAAUUGAGAAAUGGGCUAAUCAUCUAUUGGUCUACAGCCAGCCAGUGAGGUUAGAACAGUGGGCUGGACUGGACUGGACUGGGCUGGGGCUGUUCUUCUUCCCAGCCAGGAAAUAAAUUCUGUUGUAACAGAUAAUCUGUACUAUUUAGUAUUUCCCCAAUAUUCAUAUACAAUUUUUAUGGUACACUCAUAUGGUAUUUUGUACAGAAGAAUAUGGUUGUUUAUACAACUUAAAAAAACGAAGAAGAUAAUAAUAAUAUAUUACAACUAAUUGUGCCGCCCACACUUAUAAAUGGAGAGUAGUUCGCCAUUAAUACAGCCCUGUUUUCCUUCUUCUCUGAGAGAGAGCUCUGUUUCUGUGGACUACCGAUUGGCAGUAAGCCAAUAAUGUGAGCAUGCAGCACGUCGACUGAGUUAAUGCAGAGAGAGAGAGAGAGAGAGAGAGAGAGAGAGAGAGAGAGAGAUGCUGAUAAUAUAAUGGAAGAGAACAGAAGAGACAAAAGUAAAGAAGCACUGAAUGAUUGAAAAGAUUGAUGGAAUUCUCUUUCAAACUAAAUUAGCUCCCACUGACAGCAGAAACAGAGCAGCUAGCAAAAUCGAAAUAUAAAGAAAAUUCUAAGGCAGAGGAGGAGUCCACAUGCAUGCUUUGAGAUUAAUGGUCUUCAAUUCUUUUUGUCAUUCUGCAGCUAAGCUCUAAGGCUAUAAAUAAUGAUGCUUUUUGAGCUUAAACAUGUGGUCAUGUGCUUCCCUUUUGUUAAUUAAUCUCUCUGUUUCUGUUCUCUCCUCCUCCACAUUUCUGCAAUUUUUGCGCUCGAAAGCUCAUGAUAGAAUGGGGGAAAGUGGGCGGCGGUCGUCGCUGGUGUUGGGCCGGCCAUAGAUAGAUAGAUAGAUAGCCAUUAUUUCGUAUAUAUAGGAGGAUGCUUUUAUGAGAGUCCUCCAGGUAUGACUAAAGACUAAUGAUUCUGGUGUUUUAUUGGAGAGAUUACUUUGUUUAAAGAUUGCACUUGAUGGCGCAAUUUUUUUUAUCAUGAUAACUCUGUUACAACGGAUAUUAAUUUAGUGCAAGCUACCCAUUUGGAAACUUAAUAAUUGAAGGAUAAGGAUCCCUCGACUUGAUCGAUCAGACGAUUUUCGUUGCAAAGGAUGAUGCGGGUAGAGAAAAGUGGUAUCCUUUAUAUUCAAAGGCUGGAAGUUUGCAUUCAAGAGAAGUAGAUCAACGGUGGCAAAUCGAUUUUCACUGGUCAUCAUAUGAGGCGUCGACAUGUAUUUGUGCAUGAAUUAGGUCAUUUUCCCGUUGUACUUAAUUGUAUUUGUGGUGAUAAAAAGGAAUUAAUUUGUGCCUUGAAACUGGAGUUACUUUGAGGAAGUGUAGAGAGAAUGAAACUGUCACAUGUUUCAUUAAUGGACUGAAUGAUGUAUAUGAGUAUGUUAGGACCAAUUUAUUCAUGACGAAAACCAUUACCAGUUUACCACGAGAACGGCUACGGUGCUAAUUGUACAAUAGUUAGUACCGUCCUAACCAAGGGAAAAACUACUACUAGUUUGAAUUAGUAGUGAUUUAGCUUAGAUGUUGUAUUGAAUUUAUAAUAAUCCGUAGUGAUUUCGUUAUUUUUAGUAGCCUUUUGUGCUAGUUAUCACGGUGCUAAUCCCUAUAAGGAUUAGCACCUAAUCCCAUCCCGUUUACCACCCAUUAAAACUGCAUUCGUUAUACUGUUCAAUGUGAGAGCCAGCUUACCGAACCCAAUGAAAAGUCUCGAGUUGAUUGGUUUCAUUGCUUACAUUUAAUCUGCCUAAAGGGAAAAAAAAUGAAUUGUCUAUCUUUAU